UCUAUCUCGUUUUCAGUGGCAUGUGACGACACUGUUCAUCGGUUUCGUUGACGUCCCGGAAGUUUCGCUAUGUUGCGCCUUUGGGGUUUAAAAGCUUGUUUAUGACGUUAACAUCACCCGCGGAUUUGUAAACCAGCCCCCUAAAGUGAGCUAGUGCAUGUUUUAUUAGAAUUUUUCUUAUUUGAAAAUCUGAAGGUAUGUCUCUGACAGUGAACAACAAGUCAAAUUGAGAAACUGAGAUGGAAUCGCCCCAAAAAAGAUUUACCUGUGAGCCCCCCACUGUGUGAUCCAUGGCUGGCCGGGGCCGUGGCCGCGGCAGGGGGUGCAUGAGCUUCAGUAUAGAGGCAGUUGGGAUUGGGAAAGGGGAGAACCUGCCCCCUUCAAUUCUCCAGCCUACACCUCUAUUUCCUCCUAUGGAACACAAGCCUGUCCCCUUGGUUAUAGGAGAGGAAGCAGAGUACAUGUUGGCACUGAAGCAGGAGUUCAGGGGAGCUAUGAAGACCCUACCAUUUUAUGUUCAUCCAGCUGUCCCUAAAAAAGAUGUGGAGCGGUAUUCUGAUAAAUACCAGAACAGUGAGCCGUCAGACAACACAAUAGAAUGGAAUCCCGACUGGAAAAGGCUACCCAAAGAGCUUCGGAUCCGAACUAGGAAGCCCUUGAAAGAGAACACCUGUCUAAGUGUGGAGACGCCUGUGGGCAACAAACCCAGCAGAAAGACCAGGGUGGACAAAGAGGAGAUCAUCAGUAAACUAGAGACUUUGGAGAAGAGAGAGGAGGAAGUGACCUCAGAUGAAGAGGAGGGGGAGAAGAAAAGCCCGGAGGAAGAGGAGAAAGAUGGGGAGGAGGAGUAUGACGAAGAAGAAUAUGAAGAGGAGACAGACUAUAUAAUGUCAUAUUUUGACAAUGGAGAGGAGUUCGGAGGGGACAGUGAUGACAACAUGGAUGAGGCCAUUUACUGAUAAAGUAUUCAGUAUGAAUAGGACUCAGCACUACUGGGAUAACAUACCAGAACUGACUGACACUCCACAGCUGAAAUUAUAUACUUUUUUUGUCUGAAAGCUUGAAAGUAUCUUAACUCAACAACAUUUUUUUAAAUAACCUUGAAUCCACUCAGAUCCUGGAUUAAGAAGAAUCUCAACUGAAGAAGUAGGUUUAAAAGUCCAAACCUGCAAUAAUUUUAAAUGCUCUUAAUAAUCAUUUUAAAUGCUCUUUUGAAGUUUUUGGUCAACUUUUAGAAAUGUUAAAGAAUAUUGAAAUAAUAGAUGGCUUCUGUUUUAUGUCAUUUGUAAGUGAUUUUAAAGUUCUGCUGUUUUGUAAAAUGUUUAUAUCUUUGUUAAAUCCGCAUGUUUUCUGUUUGUUAUAAAAUAAGAUUUUACUUUUUAUUGUAAAAGAAUAAA